CAGACGCGUGACCUAUAAAGGCGCUGUCACACCUUUGCUACAAGUCUUAAAUUUGAUCAGGAAGUGUUCCUACACAGACGACCACAAAGUAUCAAUAUGACAGAGAACCAAAGAGAGAAUGAUGCCACCAAUGGAAGCUCCUCGGAUGGUGCAGAGGAGUACCAGAUGGGCAACAAACGACGAGGUCUUGCACUCAUUUUUAACCAGGAAGACUUCUUCUGGCGCCUGGACCUGCCAGAGAGGCGUGGAACCAAUGUUGAUCGUGACAACUUGGAGAAAAGACUGAAGGAUCUAAACUUUGAAGUGAAGUGUCACAAUAACCUCAAGGUGGAGGCAGUCCUAAAUGAAAUUGCCAAAGCUGCGGAGGAAGAUCACUCAGAUGCUGAUUGCUUUUUGCUCGCCUUUCUGAGUCAUGGAGAUGAUAACUACGUUUAUUGCCACGAAGGUAUAAUCAGUAUCCAGGAGAUCACGUCCAUGUUCAAAGGGGACAAGUGCCGGGACCUUGUUGGAAAGCCAAAGAUCUUCAUAAUACAGGCAUGUCGUGGAAAAGAGUUUGAUGUGGCAGUUACAGUGACCGAAGCUUCUACGAUGGAGUCUGAAGAAAAGGUGUUCAUGGAUGCCAGCACCAUACAGACCCUCCCUGCUGGGGCUGAUUUCAUCAUGUGCUAUUCUGUGGCUCAGGGCUACUACUCCUUCCGGGAGGUGGAAAACGGUUCGUGGUAUAUCCAGGAUCUCUGUCAGCUGCUUCAAAAGUAUGGUGAUAGCCUUGAAUUCACAGAGUUACUCACGCGGGUCAACAGAAAAGUGUCACUGAGGAAUAUUCCAUCAUCAUGUCCCCCAAAAUUUAUCGGGAAGAAGCAAAUGCCUUGUUUUGCUUCAAUGCUCACCAAGAAACUUUACUUCCGACCAAAAAAGUAACAA